CCAAAAACCGUAGGCCGCGGAAGUCUAGCCAAAAAUGACAGCUUCAGAAUUUUUCGAAAAUCCCUUCGUCAUCGCGGUUAUUGUUAUCGUACUAAUAAUUUUGUUGUUGCUGCUUGUAAAAUGGUUAAUGCAAGGCGGUAAAUACAAGAAGAAUACAAUGAUUAACGGUAAGGUUGUCAUAGUAACCGGCGCCAAUUCUGGCAUUGGUGUUGAAACAGCGCUUGGUUUGGCAAAGCGUGGCGGCAAAGUUUAUAUGGCCUGCAGAGAUUUGAAAAAAUGUGAAAAGGUGCGACAGCGCAUAAUAAGCGAAACGAAAAAUAAGGAGAUUUACGCCUUAAAAUUGGAUCUAGCUUCACUAAAGUCUAUAAGAGAGUUCGUGAGAGAAUUCAAAAGCAGAGAGGACCACUUGGAUAUACUCAUCAAUAAUGCUGGUGUAAUGGGUUGUCCGCGUACGCUGACUGAAGACGGUUUUGAGAUGCAAAUUGGCAUAAAUCAUAUGGGACAUUUUUUGCUCACAAAUCUGCUACUCGAUUGGUUGCAGAAAUCACCACCCAGUAGAAUUGUAGUUGUAUCAAGCUUAGCUCACGCUCGGGCAAAAAUCAAAAAAGACGACUUAAACAGUGAACUUCAAUAUGAGUCUUUCGAAGCUUAUGGUCAGAGUAAACUGGCAAAUGUGCUCUUCACGCGAGAGUUAGCAAGAAGAUUGGCCGGCACUGGCGUUACCGUCAAUGCCCUACAUCCCGGUGUGAUUGCAACAAAUAUUUUGCGUAAUACGGGCAGCAAUUUUACGACUUUCUUCGGUUUUAUUGUACGGUACGUGGCUUGGCCACUUACAAAAACGAUUAAAAAUGGCGCACAGACAACUCUAUAUGCGGCGUUGGAUCCCGAUCUGGUUGAGGUUACAGGCAAAUAUUUUAGUGAUUGUAAAUUGAAGGAGGUUUCAAAACAGGCACAGGAUGAUGAUAUGGCAGCUUGGCUAUGGGAUACAAGCGUGAAGUGGACUAUGAAUACGAAUGUGCAAGGUGCUCAAGACAAACAUAUGUAAAUGAAUAAAGCGUUUCCAAGUAUUA